CUUAAUAAUCAUAGUUUUCUAAUUUUAAUUGUUGACAUAUUAUUGUUACGGAUUGCUGAAUGAACUUUAAUUUGACAGUAAUCGAUAGCAACCAAUCAACACUGAAGACUAAUCGAAGCGAAAAAUAAAAUAGAAAAGAAGUGUUCUCUAAAAUCUACAGCUGUAUGAAUUAUUAGUGCCAAUUGCCAUGAAUUGAAUUGAAAGCGCACAGUAAGCAGAAGUUAUGUCGCUCAGACCGACGCAAGUUAAUUUUGAUGAGACGUGGGCCGGCCUCUCGAAGACGGUGCAGGCCGUGCUGACGCUCCGGCCCGUGGCCCGGGCAGAAUGGAACGGCCGCUUCUCUGACGUGUACAGUCUGUGUGUUGCUCAGCCUGAACCACUCGCCGAUCGGCUCUAUAGGGAACUGAAGGAGCUGUUGCAGAAACAUGUCUCUGCACUGAGGCGUAAGUUGGCGAAACUUCCUGAUAGAGAGCUGUUGCAACAGUACCACCAGGCAUGGGAAUUUUACAAUACGGGCGUGAGUUACUUAAACCAGCUGUUUCGAUACCUGAACCAGCAACAUAUCCAGAAGAGGCGUGCAGUUGAGCCGGAUCUCAUGUAUUCCUCUGAUGCCGACCUCACACAGCUGGAGUGUCCGCUGGAGGUCGGCGAGUUGGCAAUGGAACUGUGGCGCCGAGAGAUGAUAAUAUCCACGGAGUCGCGCCUCAUCCCACAGUUGCUGGCAGCGUACGCGGCCGACCGUGACGGCGAUAGCCGCAAUUCCGACGCACUGGCGGCAGCAGUGCGCUCUCUGGUUGCUGUAGAACAGUUUGCCCCUCCCUCGAAUCGCGAUUCGCUGCACCUCUAUAGGACCAUCUUUGAGAAAAGGCUGUUGGAGGCAAGUGCCCAAGUUUACCGGCAGAGGGCCGCCAAGCUCCUGCAGCACGGGGACGCAGCACACUACGUGAAGGCCGUCUCCGCCUUCCUCAGGGAGGAGACGGAACGAGCGCGCCGCCUCCUGCACCAGACAUCCGUGUCGCGUUUCCGCCAGCGCUGCGAGCAGCACCUCGUUUCGGACCACCUGCAGUUUCUUCAGGAAGAAUGCCAAAGGGCGACUCGAGCAGAAGACAGAGUUGCGCUGGGAUCUGCGUACCCACUGCUGAGGGGCGUACCUGCCGGUGCUGUCGUCAUGAGGGAGGAGCUAGAGAAGCUCGUCAAGGAACGUGGGCUCAAUGAGGUGUGGCCCGCCUCGGGUCAAGCGCCAGCACCUGCAGACUUUGUGAGUAAUGUGCUGAAUAUCUUGGAGCGGUACCACGACCUGGUGAUUGAUGCGUUCCUGGGUGACAGCUCGUUUACUGCCGCCCUGGAUCGAGCCGUGUCACGUGUCGUUAACCACCGCCUGCAGCCAAACACCCCCUGUCCCGCUCCAGAGAUUUUGGCACGACACUGCGAUACGUUACUCCGCCGGACGGGUAAUACGGUGGACUCGGAGUUAGACGAACAGCUGGCCCGUGCGGUAGCCGUCUUCAAGUAUCUCGAUGACAAGGACGUCUUCCAGAAAUUCUAUGCGCGCAUGCUGGCAAAGAGGCUCAUCUUUCAGCACAGCUUGUCAAUGGAGGCAGAGGAGGCGAUGAUUGGCAGGCUGAAGCAGUGCUGUGGGUGUGAAUUUACCAGCAAGUUUCACCGAAUGUUUUUGGACGUCUCCGUGUCGAGUGAUCUGAAUCGGAAGUUCGAAGAUGCAAUACCGCCAGCACCAGGUUCUGCAUCCUUUUCAGUGCAGGUGUUGCAGGCAGGGGCCUGGCCGCUGAACCCGGCUCCCAUCUCGCCAUUUGCUCCACCGGAAGAUCUGCAGAAGCGACUGCAGUCCUUCGAGAGCUUCUACCGCCACUUGUUCAACGGAAGGAAGUUGACCUGGCUGUACCACCUGUGCCAGGGAGAAGUGCGCCUGGGAUACCUCAAAAAGCCAUAUGUUGUAACAAUGCAGGCAUUUCAGUUAGCUCUGCUGCUGAUGUUCGAACGAUCGGAUAGAAUCGUCUGUCGUGAAGCGUGUGACGCAUUGGAACUCAACGAAGAUCAGUUCCGUCGCCACUGUAUAAGCUUGUUAGAGUCUCGCAUAAUCUUGCUCGAAGGAGCGAAAGAUGUCGACGGAGAGGGUGCCAUCUUCCGGCUGAACACAGACUUUUCUAACAAGCGCAUCAAGUUCCGUCUCGGUGCACCAACACAGAGAGAUCCCCCUGAGGAGACGAAGCAGACACUGUCGUCUGUAGACGAAGAUCGUAAGAUGUACCUGCAGGCGGCGAUCGUGCGAGUGAUGAAGAGCCGCAAGGUGCUGCGCCACACCGCUCUGGUCCAGGAGGUGUUGUCGCAGUCGAGCGCGGCGGCGUUUGCGCCCUCCAUCAGCCUCAUCAAGACCUGCAUCGAGGCGCUCAUCGACAAACAGUACCUCGAACGCUCGCCUCGUGCUCCUGACGAGUACAGCUACGUGGCCUAACUGCUAUAGAUAUUUGUUACAGUUAUUUUAUUUUUAGAUUACCAUUGUGGCAUCAGUUGUUAUUGGUAUCUAAACAUAGAAAAAUAUGUUUCUAAUGGCCCUGACGCACUGGUCACAGUUACUUAUUAUUAUUAUUAUUAUUAUUAUUAUUGGGCCUGACCAAUGGUUCCGAAUAUAUUACAUUGAAUGGGAGAGUGAGUUAAUUGUUACAAUUUUUAUGUUUGCUAGUCUGUAUAUUUUCAGGUCGCAGUUGUAUUUUUCCAUAACAGGUUGGUGCAAAAUACUGACUUACUGUCCUGUUUUUAAACUCUUUAAGUGCCAGUGCAAUAAAAUUUUCUCGAGUUUCACGCUGCGACAGUCUGCCGCGUAUCUGUGACGUUUGGGGAAGCACGUUCCCUGCUUCCACCUUCCUGCGAAGUGCUGGAGUCUGUCGGUGACCUUACGUACUUGUCGGCUACAUUAAACGUUUAAAUUCCUGUGACAGCUGUUUUGUAACUGUUUACGAGUGACUGCUGUCCGACCCCUUAUUUAUGUGGCCGGCUGCUGCCACACGGCUUUCACCACGGACCUUCAGAAUACAGUGUCUCGUUGUUCCCUUGUCAGUGUUUCCGAUGUGGGUUGUUGAGCUGCAGGGAUGGCAAAACCCAUAUCAAGCUUCACAGGGUUUGGUAACACGUGUGUUUCAAUUGCACCUCAGAAACUACUUGCUGGACAAAUAAUUGACAUCAUCUCAGUAUCACGUGUUUGCUCCUCAUCGACUGCCAAUUUGUCUUUCUGGGUUAAUUUUACAUUGCAUACAUGUUCGGAGCAAUGUACGGAGACACACCACUGUCUGUCUGAUGUAACACUUGCAUUUCAAGGGAUCAUUGAUACUGUCCAGAAUAUUUUUUUUAUUUUUGCAGGUGAUCAGAAGAAGUGCUCAGUUCUGUUCUUGUUCAGAGUGGAGACGAUUCUGUGUUAGCAUAGUGUGAGAAGGCGAUUUUCCAGUCUUCUCCUCUGCUCUCAUCUGUACGUCGUAGCACUCUCUUGUCAUUAACAUCUUCUGUCCUAUAGCCAUCAGAAGUGAAGGUACAGUCCAGUCAAUCUAGUCACAUGUAUUCUUUGUUCAGUGCAUCAGAGCCCUGAGGCAAUCACUGCCUCCAUAUGAUGAAAGUGUGUCAAUGGGAGGAAGUCAGUCUCCUCAAUGUCUUUAGGGAACCUGGUGUUAUAAUGAAUGUUAUUUAGGUGAGCAAGUCCUUAUCACCUAGCAACACCACAAAUAUAUUGCUUAUGUAUCUGUAGAUGUUUUCAUUGGACAUGACACUGUCUCUGUUACAAUUUCUUCAAAUUCUCCUAUGUAGAAGUUUGCCACAGUGUACUAUAACCCCCCCCCCCCCCCUCCACA